AUGUUACACAGGCUCAUGACAUCGUAUAAGCUUGAUCCUGACGUUGUUCGCUGGGGUCUUCAUCUCUUGGAUGAUGUUUGUACUCUUUCGAAUGAUAGUUCGCACAGUACUGUUACUCGUUAUGACCAGGAUUUUAGUCAAGUAGAGUAUGUUAGAGAAGGUUAUAUUGAGCCUUGCAUUGUGGAGAAUGAUGAGAUUAUAGCUCAGACGUACCAAGAAGAGUUAUCGAGACUUGCUUCUGCAGAAGCAUCAGGAGUUUCUGGUUGUGAAGAUGGGAAUUUGGAGUCGUCAAUUCUAGGGCAGGAUUGGCUUGGUCCUUCAAACAGACACAGUGGUUCUGGGCUUCAAAAUGUUCAGGAUACAGUGAAUGAUUUUGACAUAAAGAUAGACACUGAUGAUUAUAGAGAUAAAGAAAAUGAGGCAGAUGAUCCUAGGAGACAUGGAAGCGAGGAAGCAAACGAUCAUAGUGAAGGAGAAUGCUCUGUCAAUAGGGAAGACUUCUUACAUUCAUUGGACAUAACAGAUGAAUCUACGCUUGAUGGUGAAGUGGGGAGAAGAUUGAAUCAGUUGGUUUCUGUUCCUCAUAUUCCUAGAACGAAUGAGAACAUACCCUCAGCUGAUGAAGAGAUAUCAGAUCAUCAAAGGCUGUUAGAAAGACUGCAGUUGUAUGAUUUGGUGGAGUGUAAGGUCCAGGGAGAUGGUAACUGUCAGUUUCGUGCUUUAUCAGAUCAACUCUAUCGUUCUCCUGAGUACCAUGGUGUUGUAAGAGAACAAGUUAAUCAACAGCUCAGGAAUCACCCAGAAAUGUACGAGGCUUAUGUUCCUAUGGCUUAUACUGAUUAUCUAAAGAAGAUGAGCAAGAGUGGUGAAUGGGGUGAUCAUGUCACAUUGCAGGCUGCGGCAGAUUCGUAUGGUGUCAAGGUAUUUGUAAUAACUUCCUUCAGGGAUACAUGUUACAUUGAGAUCCUUCCGCAUGUUCAAAAGUCCAACAGAGUUAUUUGCUUGAGCUUUUGGGCUGAGGUGCACUACAAUUCAAUUUAUCCUGAAGGAGAACUUCCUCCACCAAGCUUAAGGAAAAAGAAGAAAUGGUGGAAUUUUUGA